GCGGCCGGAUGUGGAUCCCUGUGUUGUCCCACAGUGGCUGGAAUCUCAAGUCUCUGGAAGUAUUCUGCCUGUCUUGGCUUUCCAACCCCACCGAUCCUCCAGAGCGCACCAUGUAUGGACCCAGGAGGCUGGGCUGCAACUUUGGGAUGCCUUGGGAGCCCAGUCCACCAGGAGGAAAAUGCGUCCUGUGUUGGGGUCCUGACACCUGCAGAUGGGGCUUUGCCAUGAUUUCUUCUGGAUGUUUCUGUAAGGAGAUUGUUUCUGUAGAGAAAUGCCACUUCAGCAUCAUAUACACAGUCAUAAAAUUCAUAUCAAGAAAUGGGACCAGCCAGUCUUCCCUGGAACCUGAGGCAAAGAGGAAAAAGUCACACCCUAGGAAUGCAGUGGUGUCCUUUGAAAGAAGAGGAUGCCAUUCCCCGUGUGAGGGCAAUGGAAGCUCAUGGGGGACGACCACCGGAUCCAGAGGGAGAGCGACCAGGAGAGGAUACCAGCGUGAGACAGCGGAGCGGUCGGCCUCCUGAUGUUGGCGGUGCUGAAUGUGUAGAUAACACAGAUGGCAAAUUGCUAAGACAACUGCAAGCUCAAGAAAAAGCCCAACAAGCAGCACAAAUAAAGCUUUUGAGAAAACUCCAAAAGCAGGAACAGGCUCACAUUGCCAAAGAAGCUAAAAAACAACAAGCAAUAAUGGCUGCUGAGGAGAAGCGACAGCAAAAAGAGCAGAUAAAGAUUAUGAAACAACAGGUUGUGGAGGAAUCUCUGCCCUGCUUCCAUGGGAGAGGCCGGCCUCAGACUACUGUUCUGCUAUGGCGGAGCCACGUCAGAGUUGAAAUUGGAGGGACGCUGUUUGUCACCGUGAGGGGCCUCCGAGUAGUGCUGCCACCCAGGGGUUCGGGGCGCCCCGAGUUACCCGGUAUUCCCAGUAACUGGGCUGAUUACACCGGGGUGUUUCCUACAAGAAUUAAGAGAAUACAACAAAUGAGAAUGGAAAAAGGUCUUCGAGCCCAGCAAAUUCUGGAGGCUAAGAGGAUAAAGAAGGAAGAAGCUGCAAAAGCCAAAUUAUUGGAGGCUGAGAAACGAAAACAGGAAAAAGAACGGUCGAAGCAAGAAAAACGUGAUGAGAAACGAUUAAAGAAAGAGCUUAAACUAGAGCAACGAAGAUUAGAAUUAGAAAUUGCAAAAGAACUAAAGAAGCCUAAUGAAGACAUGUGCUUAGCAGACCAAAAGCCUUUGCCAGAGUUGCCUCGUAUUCCAGGACUUGUCCUCUCUGGAAGUACAUUUUCAAACUGUCUCAUUGUGGUGCAGUUCUUACGAGUCUUCGGUAAAGCUUUAGGCUUUAAUGGGAAUACUGAUGUUCCAGACCUGAGUAUUCUUCAAGAGGGAUUGCUGAAUCUAGGGGACAGCAUGGCUAAGGUACAAGACCUGCUUGUGAGGCUCCUGUCAGCUGCUGUGUGUGAUCCAGGUCUAAUUACAGGAUACAAGGCCGAAACAGCUCUUGGAGAACAUUUGCUGAAUGUUGGUAUGAAUCGAGACAAUGUUUCCGAGAUCUUGCAGAUCUUUAUGGAGGCCCGUUGUGGACAGACUGAGCUCACCGAAAGCCUGAGGACCAAGGCUUUUCAGGCCCACACUCCGGCCCAGAAAGCCUCGGCGCUGGCCUUCCUGAUCAGUGAGCUGGCGUGCAGCAGGAGGGUGGUGAGUGAAAUUGACAAGAACACUGAUUAUAUGUCAAACUUGAGGAGAGAUAAAUGGAUGGUAGAAGGUAAACUCCGCAAGCUCCGAAUCAUUUAUGCUAAGAAAGCAGGCAAGAGAGACACUUCAGGUGGCAUCGAUCUUGGAGAAGAGCAGCACACGUCGGCCACCCCCACAGCAGGAUACAAGCGAAGAAGGAAGGGCGGCGACAGUGACGCUGAUGGCAACGAGGAGGAGGAGGAGGAGGAAGACAAGGAAGACAGAAAAGGAAAGAAAACUGAUGUCUGUGAAGAUGAGGAUGAAGGUGACCAAGCAGCAAGUGUUGAAGAGCUAGAAAGACAGAUUGAAAAGCUGAGUAAACAACAGAGUCAGUACAGAAGGGAGCUCUUCGAUGCGUCUCACUCUUUACGUUCAGUGAUGUUUGGCCAGGAUCGUUACAGACGUCGGUAUUGGAUUUUUCCCCAGUGUGGGGGGAUUUUUGUAGAAGGCAUGGAGAGCGCUGCAGGGCUGAAAGAAAUUGCAAAAGAAAGAAAAAAACGAAAAAAAGCAGAAAGCAUCCAGACCAAAGAAAUAUUUGAUACUUCUGACGACUCUUUAAAUUGUUCAAAUCCGGAUCAUUGUGAGCAAAAGGAAGAUCCUAACGAAAAAGAUAACACAAAUCUAAUUCUUCAGAAUCCUGGCUCUUUUUCCAAAUUAAGCAAGCUUUUAGAAGUAGCUAAGGUGCCUCCUGAGUCAGAUGUAACGACCCCCAAACCAAAGAGCGGUGCAGAUGGGUGCGCACUGCCUCACCAGAACCGUGGGAGACACUCACCGGGCAGCAUGCAGCCAACGGUGACACAGAACAGCGUGGAAGGGACAGACUCGAAUCUGGUCAGUACCGGUUCAGGUGGUGCAGGCAAGGUCUACAGUCCUCUCCCCAGGGACCAGUUGUUACUGCCAAGAACACCUUGGGAGGACGCUUCCCUUACCCAAGCCGAUGCGCCAGCUGCUUCUUCACCAACUCCUCGGGCCCAGCCGCCCUCUAAGUCACCUGCAGCUCUUGAAGUAGCCAAACCAGUAGAUUAUCCUAGUCCAAAGCCUAUUCCAGAAGAAAUGCAGUUUGGCUGGUGGAGCAUUACUGACGCAGAGGAUUUAAAAGCUUUGCUCAAAGUGCUACAUCCCAGAGGCAUAAGAGAAAAGGCAUUACAAAAACAAAUUCAGAAACACCUGGAUUACAUCACUCAAGCCUGCAUCGAGAAUAAGGAUGUUACCAUUAUUGAAUUAAAUGAAAAUGAAGAAAACCCGGUAACUCGAGAUAUUGUGGAGAAGUGGUCAGUAGAAGAACAAGCAAUGGAAGUGGAUUUGAGGAUUCUUCAACAGGUAGAAGAUCUGGAAAGGAGAGUCGCAUCAGCAAGUUUGCAAGUAAAGGGUUGGAUGUGUCCAGAACCGGCAUCAGAAAGGGAGGACUUGGUCUAUUUUGAACAUAAGUCAUUUUCUAACUUGUGCAAGGUGCACGAUGGAGAAUUUACUGACGAAGAAGAAAGCAGUGCGCAUGCACUAGAGCGGAAGAGCGACAACCCCCUAGAUAUAGCUGUAAGCAGGCUGUCUGAGUUGGAGCGAAACAUUGAAAGGAGGUAUCUGAAGAGCCCCUUAAGUACCACCAUUCAGAUCAAACUGGAUAAUGUGGGCACAGUUACUGGCCCUGCUCCUGCACCAUCCACUAGUGGUGAUGAUGACGGAAUUGAAGAGGAUAUUGUUCCCGGUCUCAGGGUGUGGCGAUGGGCAUUAUCAGAAGCUCGCAGUGCUGCCCAGGUGGCUCUGUGCAUUCAGCAGUUACAGAAAUCCAUAGCAUGGGAAAAAUCCAUUAUGAAAGCUGCAAGUUCACUGAAAAGGGGCCGCAAAAACAGAAAAAGGAAAAUAGAGGAAAACACCUGCGGUACUGGAGUAAAACAAGAACGCUGUACUCGUGGAAAGAAACUGAAACAGGACAACUCUGACCCGACUCUUGGCAGCCUUACUAAAAUGCAAACUCGUCUCAAUAAAGACAUGAAAAAAAGAAAAAUAGAAGAAAACACCUUCACUAACUUACCAAACCAGGAAAGCUUUCAUUCUGUAAAGAAAAGGAAGCAAGACCACUCUGACCUGACUCUUUCCAGUCAUGAAGAUGCACGGCCUUUUGUAGAACUGCCGGAGUGCAGCACACGGAGUCGUCUGCGUUUCCGCCUCAGGGAUGGAAGACACGUUUUUAUUAAAAGUCCACCCAUGUUGUCACAAAUGGCAAGGUUCCAUUCGUUUCUAUUGACAGAUGCUAAGAGCAGACAGGUCACCGCCGGCCUGUUCCCUAGGCUGCCAGAUGCUUUUGCUUCCCUCUACAUCCUAAAAUGCCUGGCAUGCUGCAAGGUGGGGAGCUCGUUAGGCCACGGGGAGGUGCACUCCAGACAUAACCUUCUGAAACCUCACCAGCCAGUGUUCCUGUGCAGAGCAGCCAGGGCAAAACUCAGCCCCGAUGACUUGACAGACGGAGUGCCCUCGCGGAGGAGGCAGAGGGAGGGAAAGUCUCUAGUGGCGCUAUUGGGACUGCAAAGUCAGAACACGCCUUUCCAAAAUGGUCCUGGUCUCUGCGGUGGGCAGGUGCUGGGCUACUAG